AUGAUACUGAGAAAUAGCAAGGAAGUAGAGGGGUCAAAGGCCACGAACCUAAAGAGUAAAAGUGAAGAAGAGAUCGAAAAGGAGAUUGACGAAGAAGGGCGCAUUCGCGAAGACCCUAAGGCGAUUGGUGUUAAAAGUGGUAUUUUGGGGAGAAUUUUCAGAAGACUUUUCAUCUUAGGUCUUCGUCUGCUCUCUGAUGAUGAAAGUUGGGAGUUGUUGCAACUGAAGAUAUUCGAUGGAGGCUGUCCCAAUGAACUGUUGAAAGCUGGAAUGGAAAUUGCUAAAAACUGUCGUGGAUUACCUCUUUCAGUUGUUACAAUAGCUGGUCUGUUGGAAAGAACAGAAAAGCAACAGGCUUCUUGGAAAAGCAUUCUAGAAAGUUUAAGCGCGCGGUUAAUUGAUGAUCCACAGACCCAGUGCAUGGAUAUCAUACAGCUGAGCUACAUGCAUUUACCUAAUUAUCUAAAAGCAUGCUUACUUUACUUUGGGUCAUUUCUGGAGGAUGAAGAUAUUCCAGUAAGCAAACUGAUCAGGCUAUGGAUAGCAGAAGGUUUCAUUAGGCAAACUGUUGUAUGUAGCUUAGAAAAUCUUGCUGAGAAUUAUUUGACAGACUUAAUUGGUAGAAGCAUGAUUGCAGUUGCCAAAAAAGGACCGAAGGGAAGGGUCAAAUCAUGUUGUCUUCAUGACAUGAUACGUGAUUUCUGCUUGUCAAAAGCCAAAGAAGAGAACUUUUUCCAGGUAAUCACUAGGUAUGAUGAACCAUUCACCUCUUUUGAUGACUUUGACUGUGGAGCUGAUUUUAUUGACCAUUAUCCUCCAAAGCCUACCUCUGACAUCUCAUUCAUCCCUCACCACUUCAAACUUCUCAGGGUAUUGGAUUUGGAAUGCAUCAACAUGGGCAUAUCCUUUCCCCCUGGAAUCGAACUAUUGGUUCAGUUGAGAUAUUUAGCUGUUAGUGGGGAUAUAGACUUCAUCCCACCAUCAAUAUCCAAUCUCCGGAAAUUAGAAUCUUUCAUUGUGAAGGGGUUGAAAGGAAAGGUUGUAUUGCCAGAUUCGAUAUGGUCCAUGGAGAGGUUAAGGCACCUUCAUGUGAAUACUCAUGUUGAUUUCAACUUUCAAGAUGACAAGCCUGGCAAUUCGUUGAAGUUGGUGAACUUAGUCUCCUUUUCCUUGCCAUCAAUUGCUCGCGGCAAAGCUGCAAAUAUGAUAUUGAGGAGGAUGCCCAACCUCAGCAAAUUCGAAUGCAUAUAUCUGGAAUCAUGGGAUGCUUAUACAAAUUACAACAGGUUUCGGGUGUUAGACCUUCUAAUUCAUCUGGAGUCACUGAAGAUACUUUAUGUUGGUCGGGCACUUAAUCCUGGUGAACUUAAUCUCCCCUGGAACCUGAAGAAGUUGACUUUAUCAAGUUUUCGCCUACCGUGGACGCAUAUUUCAGCUAUUGGAAGACUACCAAACCUUGAAGUCCUCAAAUUAGUUUCCAGAGCAUUUGAGGGUCCAAGGUGGGAUAUGAGGGAAGUGGAGUUCCUUGGACUCAAGUACUUGAAAUUGGACAGUCUGAACAUUGUCCAGUGGAAUGCAUCAAGUGAUCACCUUCCCAAUCUCCAGCAACUACACUUGCAAAACUGUAAGGACGUUGAGGAAGUUCCACUAGCUUUUGCAGAUAUUAAUACAUUGCAGAUGAUUGAAGUGCAAUCCUGUGGGCUAACUACAGAAGAGUCAGUUAAAAGGAUUGGUAAUGAAUGCAUGGAGGGGCUCAAGAUCAUUAUCAAUAACAAGAUUCAUCUCUGA